AUGGUAAUAACAGUAUAUGUUUUUCUUCUGUUAAUAAUAUUGAAUGCAUCGAUACUGAUUGGAACAUCACUAACACCAGCAAUCUGUCCAAAUGCAACAUGGAGUAAAUAUGCAACAACAGUCGCAGGUGGUAAUGGUCAAGGUGCAGCAUUUAAUCAGCUUAAUUUUCCAGAUGAUAUAUUUUUGGAUAUUCAGAACACUCUCUAUGUAGCCGACUUUAGCAAUAAUCGUAUUGUGAAAUGGCCUCAAAAUGCUCUUACCGGUCAAGUUGUGGCUGGCGGAAAUGGUAUAGGCAACAAGCCAAACCAGCUAUGGGGUCCAACAGCAGUGUUUGUAGACAAAAAUAAUAAUAGCUACAUUUCGGAUUU